GUAUCUUCUCCUGUCAUUUCUUCAGUAUGAAUACUUGUACUUCCAUAAAACCCUAUAAUCACUUCACAAAAUCAGGGCUUUUCCUGAUCCUAAUUGGGAAUUUCAUCAGCCAUGUGGUGUUCAACGUAUGUCACCUCAUUCAGUUUUCUCAUCUUCGUCUUCAGUGGUUUGUUAUCUACUUCUCUAUCAUCUACUGUUGGAGUUGAUCACAUUUCUCAGCUUCUCAAAAUUCAGGACAAAGAAAGAGCUUCGCCUUUGGUUCAAGUAGCUGCUGCUCAAGGGGUUCUUCGUAGGCUCCUUCCGACUCAUUCUUCGAGUUUCGAGUUCUAUAUUGUCUCUAAGGAGCUAUGUGGAGGAAAGUCUUGCUUUAUUAUCAGAAACCAUCCGUCUUACCGAACAAAAGGGGGUCCUGAAAUUACAAUCGGAGGCUCAAGUGGAGUAGAACUGUCAGCUGGUCUUCACUGGUAUCUGAAGAAUUGGUGUGGAUCUCAUAUAUCUUGGGAUAAAACUGGUGGUGCACAACUGUAUUCAGUGCCUAAACCAGGAUUGCUUCCCCGUGUUCUAGCCGCCAGAGUGCUGAUUCAGAGACCCGUUCCUUGGAAUUACUACCAGAAUGCUGUUACAUCUAGUUACACAUUUGCCUGGUGGGACUGGGAUAGGUGGGAAAAGGAAAUUGACUGGAUGGCACUUCAAGGUAUCAAUUUGCCUUUAGCAUUUACCGGGCAAGAGGCUAUUUGGCAAAAAGUAUUCCAGAUUUUUAAUAUCAGCAAUUCAGAGUUGAGUACUUUCUUUGGUGGACCUGCAUUUCUUGCAUGGUCGCGUAUGGGGAAUUUACAUGGGUGGGGUGGGCCACUACCACAGAGUUGGCUUGAUCAGCAGCUGUUUAUGCAGAAGAAAAUUCUUGCUAGAAUGUUUGAACUGGGAAUGACUCCAGUUCUCCCAGCCUUUUCUGGAAAUGUUCCUCCAGCAUUGAAAUCCAUAUUUCCAUCAGCAAAGAUAACACGCCUGGGAAAUUGGUUCACAGUCGGCGGCGACUCUAGGUGGUGCUGCACAUAUCUUCUUGAUGCAACUGAUCCCUUGUUCAUUGAGAUUGGGAAAACAUUCAUCGAGCAACAACUGAAAGAAUAUGGUAGGAGCGGCCACAUAUACAACUGUGACACUUUUGAUGAGAACACUCCUCCAGUGGACGAUCCAGGCUACAUCUCCUCCUUAGGUGCAGCAAUAUAUAAGGGAAUACAAAGUGGUGAUGCUGAUGCCAUUUGGCUAAUGCAGGGGUGGUUGUUUACAUAUGAUCCUUUUUGGAGGCCACCACAAAUGAAGGCGCUUCUACAUUCCGUUCCUAUUGGGAAACUGGUCCUCCUCGAUCUAUUUGCUGAAGUAAAACCCGUAUGGAUUACUUCAGAGCAGUUUUAUGGAGUUCCUUACAUCUGGUGUAUGCUGCAUAAUUUUGCUGGAAAUAUCGAGAUGUAUGGGGUUCUAGAUGCAGUAGCAUCUGGACCUGUUGAAGCUCGAAUCAGUGAGAACUCAACCAUGGUUGGUGUGGGAAUGUCCAUGGAAGGUAUCGAACAGAAUCCUGUGGUAUAUGAUCUAAUGUCUGAAAUGGCAUUUCAUCAUAAGAAAGUUGAUGUAAAGGCAUGGAUUGAUUUGUAUCCAAUGAGACGAUAUGGUAGAUCAAAUCCAUUAAUAAAAGACGCGUGGAAUAUAUUGUAUCACACAGUCUAUAACUGCACUGAUGGAGCCUAUGACAAAAAUAGGGAUGUGAUUGUGUCGUUCCCAGAUGUUGAUCCAUCCUUCUUUUCUCUAGAAGAAACAUCCACUAUAGAACCAGCUCAUGGUUUAAUUGAACAAGUAUCUAGCAGACAAUCGAAGAAGAAUGUGAAGAAUUCUUUUGAGCGACCACAUUUGUGGUAUUCAACUGCAGAUGUUAUACAUGCAUUAGAACUUCUCCUUGAGAAUGGGGCUAAACUAUCAGAAAUUCAGACUUACAGGUAUGACAUUGUUGACCUCACACGACAAUCGUUGGCAAAAUAUGCGAACAAAGUGUUUUCAAAGGUUAUACAAGCAUACGGAUUAAAGGAUAUCGGUAGAGUUUCUCUCUACAGCCAGCAUUUUCUGGAUGUCGUGAAUGACAUGGACACUCUUUUAGCUUGCCACUAUGGGUUUCUUUUAGGACCCUGGUUAGAGAGCUCAAAGAAGCUUGCUCAAAACCCAGAACAGGAAAAACAGUUUGAGUGGAAUGCAAGAACUCAAGUAACAAUGUGGUUUGACAACACAAUGAACGAAGCCAGUCUGCUUCGUGAUUACGGAAACAAGUAUUGGAGUGGACUCCUACGAGAUUACUACGGUCCCCGGGCAGCUAUCUAUUUCAGAUGCUUGCUAGAGAGUUUAGAGAAGGGUCAAGGGUUUUCCUUGAAUGAAUGGAGGAAGAAGUGGAUCAAGCUGACCAAUGAUUGGCAGAACAGUAGAAACAUAUACACAGUGAAAAGUAGAGGUGAUGCUUUCAACACCUCUAGAUGGAUCUAUGACAAGUACCUUCGGAACAAUGAUGUACAUGACCAUGAAGCUUUUAUGGAAACAGAAGGUCUAAGUCGAGCAUGAUUGUAUCCAUGAUAUCUAUGUACAAGUCUAGUAGUAGUCUGAGCGGAGGUGCUAGGCGUUGGGGCGUGCAAUAUGUAACUGCAUCUUUUUGCGGUAUUCUCGUGGUUGCACUGUAAUGAGGCAAUUCACUAGUCGCAAGGGUCAUGGUUCUGUUGUUUGUCAUGCUAUAUAGAUAGAUAGUCGUGUUUGGUGCUCUCUCACGGGUACUCUAUUCUUAAAGCUUCACAAAUCGUGAAAACGAUACUACUUCCGUUUCACGAAAAGUGAUACUUUUCAUUAUUUUAUUUUUUU